AUGGCGGCGCAAGCGGCGUUAAUCGCCGACACAAUCACGGGCAUGAAAAGAGCCUUGCGCAGAGAACGAGAGGACAACGGCCCAGACGAACCGAUCAUGGCGCCGACAAACCGCGGUAACAAAAUGCAUGCCAAUGCCAAGUUCGUGAGUGAGGGUGCUUUGGGAUAUAUCAAUGGCGAAAAUUUCUAUAAACAGAAAGUUGAACAUGCUGGGUACACGCGGCAUAUCUUGCAGGCGAAUCCUCCUCGCUAUGAUUCUGAGGGUGACGAGCUUGAUGAGGAGGAUGAAGAUUCCGAGGCUGAUGCUGCGGCUGCGGAAGAGAACCCGUUUUCGGGGAUUGCGCUUGAGACGCUAUUGUGUCCCCUGAAACAUCCCUCCGAACUUCCUACGCACCCGUCUAUGUCGCAACCGUACACUUCACAAGCACUGGAGCAGAUGACUCAAGCGGUUGAUUUCAAGCUUCGUCAGGAACGGGCUUUGCUUUGGCGGGCGAGGAAUCUGCACAGGAAUUUCCUUGGGGAUGGUGGGUGGAUGCCGUGCAAUGUGAUGGAAGGGCCUGAUGAUCGCUGGAUCUUUGAGCCUAGGAUCAUUAGCAAUGAUCCGAGCGUCUCGACUGGUCACGGUCAACAGGGCCUCAGUGGACCAAGUACCCCCUCCGCUACUGAGACCGGUGCCCCGCAUGGCAUAUUGCCAGAAGAGUCUUCAGUUACAACGACCCAGGGCGAAGCACAACCGCUUCAGUCAACGAAUGACGUGGAAAUGGCUGAGAUGCCAGAUGCAGAAGCUACUAAACCCGACCCGCAGUUGAAGUCAGAAGAGACCGAUGCCACAGUCAAAGAUUUGCCACCCCACAACGAUCCACAAGAGAACGACCAAGCCAAGGCUGAUAAUGAAAAACACGACAUGGACACUUCUAAAGACGGCGAGCCCGAAAUUGAUGGAGAAGACCAAGAAAUGCAUGACGAUUCAUCCCCGGAGCCGCUCCGGCGAAUGACAACACGCGCCCAGGCGAACGCUGGACCCGAUGGGUCCCCCGUUUCCCUCCGCAGAUACGACAUCAACCCUGCCCACCCCACAUCCUCUCUUCUUGAUUCCGGACAACCGGAAGAGACGCGCCGAUUGCUUUGGUCAUACAUUCAGAAACAAGAAGAGACGGUGCGCGGGUUUGAGCACAUGCUUGAUUCGCUCAUCAAAGCCGCCCAGAUGAAAUCCGAUGUGCUGGAGUGGUGCAAAUCCGAAGGCCAUGUUGGUGAGAUGAGUGAUGGCGAGGAUUGGUACGAUCGGGAGAAGUGGGGUCUUGCCGAAGAGGAAGAUCUGAAGAAGGGAACUGACGAGGAUGAAGUCGAAACUGUCGAUGAGAGUCGGACUCAGGCCAAGAGGGGGAGAGGCAGACGGCAAUAA